CUAAAGAUCUUCCAAUGCUUGGUGUCAAGAUCACUCUAGGAUCAUAUAUAAACGUUUCCUAUGUUAGUCAAUUUACUGACAUGCAUAGAAAUUAUUAUGCCUUGCUUGUAUAUCUUCAGAUGAUUUCAGCAUAGUCAAAGAGGAUAUCAAUGACACGAAAAAAGAUGUCAAAACAUUGAAGGAGAAUGUCAGGGCAUGGAAGGAUGUCGGUGCCGUGAAGGAGGAUGCUAGCUCAAUGAAGGACACUCUGAACGCCCUGUCAAAAGAUAUUAGUUACAUCAAAGAUCUUAUUAUUGUAUGCGCAAGUAUCCUCAUCCUCAUCAUCGUAGUCAUCGUCGUUGUUGUACUGGUUUGGUUUGUAAUACGCAAAACAAAAUGGUAUGACAAUCUGAAAAGAAAACUGGGUUCAAAUAAGGAGAGGGUUGCUAAUCCGGCAACAGGAUUGCCGAAAGGAGAAAGGAAAAGGAAUUCUAACUGUGGGACGAGUGGCGCACCCUUACUCGGCAAUGACAACACAACAGAACACUCUAUACAGGUUGCUAAUCCGGCAACAGGAUUGCCGAAAGGAGAAAGGAAAAGGAAUUCUAACUGUGGGACGAGUGGCGCACCCUUACUCGGCAAUGACAACACAACAGAACACUCUAUACAGGUUGCUAAUCCGGCAACAGGAUUGCCGAAAGGAGAAAGGAAAAGGAAUUCUAACUGUGGGACGAGUGGCGCACCCUUACUCGGCAAUGACAACACAACAGAACACUCUAUACAGUAUGUACAUAUUUAUUUACGCUAUACAUACUCACUCACACUCACAACACACAAAUAAAUACAGUCUAAAGGAAAUGUUCUGUCAAAUCCAGAUCCUCUUCUGUGAACUAUCCUAAACUCCUCUGGAGCUAGAACAAAGUCUACCUCACACCAGCCAUGAGUUAGGGUUGGCUAUCCCACUGGACAGCGUCAAAACAUACAAGUGUUUACACACGUCCACCACCUAAAAGGUUGGCACAAUCUACUGGCACUGUAGACAAAUUGGCUGGUCUUACACAAUAGACCAUCGACUUCAGUGUAAGUCCUCCUCUAUGCAAAGAAAGCAGUGGCUAUCUUAGGAUAUGUCGUCUUCAAUCGACUAUCGACUUAAGUGUAAGUCGUUCUCUAUGCAAAGAAACCGCUGGCUAUCUUAGGAUAUGUCAUACCGCCG